AAAUCGUUUUCAGGCGAGGUAGAUCCUUGUAAACGACAACCCUUCCGAGGUCGAUGUCCUGCUGUGAGCGGAGGCCAACAAACUCGGUCACAAAUGUUUUCAAAUUUAGGUCAUUGUUCAAAAGAUACAAAUGAGCCGAGAUUGUACCGUUACAAAGAGGAAUGUGAAGAUGCGUGUUUGAAUGUUGUGCGAUCAAAUAACAAUGUUCAAAAAACUGAAGACAUUGCAUCUCCAACUGCAUCAUCCACUUCUACGCAGCCAACUACGAGUACUUCAGUGACUUCUGAUGAGUCACGGAAGUCAGCGCCAAACGAUUGCACAAGUGCCGUUGACGCAGGACCAUGUGAAUCGUCAGUCUCAAGAUGGUACUAUGAUGCGAAUGAACAGACAUGCAAACCUUUCUCGUAUUCAGGUCAGUGGGACUGUUGCAUAAUUUCGACGAUUCCAGGUUGUGGUGGGAAUGGAAACAAUUAUUUGACGAAAUUUGCGUGUGAGAGACGAUGCACACCAGUACUCGACUCGUCAAUCAAAUGCCCGAACGGUGCCGAACCGUUGAAAAACGUUCACGGCGUACCGACGACUUGUGCGAAGAAGUCGUGUCCGUCUGAUCAUAAAUGCACAAAAGUGGAACAGAAUUCGAUUUGCUGUCCUGUUCCCGAAGACGAAUCCAAAAAAAGCAGUUCAAAAGCAGACGUAUGCGCGCUGCCGAAAGAACGUGGACCGUGCGAUCGCUAUGAGUUACGUUUCUAUUACAAUAGCGAUAUGAAAGAGUGCAAAUACUUCUUCUUCGGCGGUUGUGAGGGUAAUGCGAAUAACUUUGAACGUGUUGAGGACUGCGAAAGUGCUUGUGGCCGAGGACGAAAAGCGUUGAGAAUAGAAUCACCGCAAACCGUUCAAACAAAACCAACAACUGCAGCCCCAACCACUACAGCGAUGUCGCAAGAGGCCACAACCGUUGAGCAAAUUCCAGAAGCAGAAGAAACAGAAGCAAGUAAAGUGCCGGGCAUCGUCGAGCACCCAACAUCCGCUUCCACAAAAUCAGCCCCAUCUACAGCCGCAAAGAAUGUGGAUAGUGUUCACCUUACGGGUGAACCUGAAACAUCAGUUAAUAUUGAUACCACUUCAACUACGGUUACUACCACGCCGGAACAACCAACUACGCAGUCCUCAGCGCCCAGCCGAAAAAUCGUCACAGAUCCACCCGUUGAGCCUUUGGUGUCCCUUAUCAAACCGCAAGAUAUCAAUCAGCCCGAUAUAAUUCCACCAUUACCAGAGACAAAAACAUGCGAUGUUUUCACAUAUAGCGGAUGUAGUGGCAACGGCAACAACUUCGCUAACCGAGAAGAAUGCCUGAGCAUUUGCAAUCGUCAAGUGAACACGAAAACUAGCCAACCAAGUGCGGCUUCGCUGUGUGCUCAUAAAAUAAAUCCUGGUGAUUGCAAAGGAGAAUUCGAAAGAUUCGCUUUUGAUACGGAAACUGGUAAAUGUCGGCCAUUUAUUUACGGUGGUUGUGGCGGUAACGGUAAUAAUUUUGCAUCGCUCGAAGAAUGCGCACAACGAUGCCAUCCACAAGGUUGUUGCUUUUCGUCAAAUUUGCUAACUUUCAUCCUUUCAAGGACGUACAAUAUUUGCUUGUUUGAUAUGUCUUCGAUUGUCAGUUAUCAUUUUUGUGCAAUACUUCAUUGA